CUUGGGCAAAGGGCAAUGCCAAUCUUAAAUGAUGCAACCUCCUCAAACAACGAUAGCACUUGGAAUAAGAAGACCCUGCCACAACGAAAAUGCCCAAUGCUGACAAUUGAAAGCUGCAGAAUCGGAGAAGAGUGGCAUAAAUGUUCACGCAUGGCACAUCGGUGCAUGAGCAUACAAAUGAGGUUGUUAAGCAUAAUUGUUGUUAAGAAGCGGAAACAUCGGUGCUAUAGACAAGAGAUCGAGAUGUUUUGGCGUUAGAUGGUGUUAAAAGCAGGCGGUGCUACGGUUUGGUAUUCACUGCACAGGAAGGUGAUUGCCGCAUGUGAUAUGAAUACAUCAUGGGCUUGUACUCGUGAUGUGGCAAGGAUUGUGCUUAUGGUGUUGAUUGGGAAUGGCAAGGAUUGCGUAUGGUGCUACUCUGAUCAAAGCUAUGAAUCGCACUCUUCACAUGUAAAAAAGAAAUACGGCACAUUCAAAUUUACUUAAAUUAAUGGAGCAGCUCAUCGAGCAUGAGAAGAAACUCAAAAUGCGCGUUACUCCUUGCCUAGUACCAUUUCGCGUAUUACGUCAAUAAGCGAUGUGAGCUGCUCAUUUAUAUUACAAAACGUUUCAGUUCGCGUUAAAAAGACGGGUACGUCAGGCAUUCCCCAGCAUGCUGAGAAACAUUCUUUUUAACCUGCUGUGCACUUUUGCAUCGAUAGUGGUGAGCAGGUACAAAAGACCAAGGAAGUACCAAAACAAGAACAUACUCGUCAUAGGGGGUACGAGCGGGCUGGGUCUUUCGCUUGCGCUGAAAUUGUCAAACCAUAACUACGUAACGGUGUCGGGCAGAAGUACGUUUGAUGUCACCUACCUCCCGCUACGCUUUAUACGCAUGGAUGUAACGCAGGGAUGCACAGAUCUGGAGGAGUAUGAUGUGGUGUUUUACUGUGCUGGUUAUGCUGUUGCAAAGUAUUUCGUGGACCUGGAGUGGGACGAGAUUAUGCACGAAUUUGAUGUGAAUUACUUCGGUGCCCUGAGGAUGCUGAGAACAUUAGCAGGAUGUGACAGACACACCAAUACCAGGGAUACCGGUGCACAGGACGAGUCGCUGUUUAGCGCGGCAGUGCGCAUCGGGCGCAGGGGUGAUGUUACAUCGCAUGCAGAUACCCGUGCUGAGCACAUCACAAAGCCAAGAGAUGUGGUGCUCAUAGGCACGCCUUUAACAUUCUUCUCCCUACCAGGAUACGCCGCAUAUUCACCCUCCAAGUCUGCGCUGUACAAUCUUUUCUCAACAGUGCGCCCUGAGCUGAGCAAAAUGAAGAUUGACCUAUACUUUUACAUCUUGUCCACCACGAAGACGCGAGGCUAUGACACGGAAAAUAUCACAAAGCCGGAAUUUACCAAACAGAUAGAGAUGUGGACGGAUGAGACCUGUGUUGAUGAACGGAGUGAUAGGUUAUUGAACGGAAUGGCCUGGAGCAACGUGGUGACGAGCGAUUGCUUGGUUGAACUAAUGAGAGGCAACAUGGAGUGUGGGAUCAGAGGAAUUGUGAUAGGCUGUGUGGGCAGCAUUGUGCUUUUCUUUUACAGACGGUACCUGAACUACCUGUUUAUACACGAGAAGUGAUUCGCUUGUGUUUAAGUGAGCAUGAAUAGAUAAGAUUGGAUUGUAACGAUCUGCUGCCGUGUUUGUGUGCAUGGAAAUAAUAAAA